AUGAAGUUCUCCAUCGGAGUUUCUCUUCUGGCCACGCUCGCCAGCGCCGUGUCUGUUGACAUGGCCAAGCGCGACACCUCCCCACUUGACGUCAAGCUCGAGACCGUUGGCAACUCCGGUGUCAAGGCCGUCCUCACCAACACCGGUGACUCCGCCCUCAAGCUCUUCAAGACCGGUACCAUUCUCGACACUGCUCCGGUCGAGAAGGUCGAGGUUUUCGCCUCUGGCAACAAGAUUGACUUCGACGGUGUCCGUCUGCUGAUGGCCACUUCCGGUCUGACCGAGGAGGCUUUCCAGAUCAUCGGUGCCGGCGAGUCCGUCGAGGUUGAGUUCGACGCUGCCGAGCUCCAUGACCUGUCCAGCGCCGGCGAGAUCGACAUCGUCACCCAGGGUGCUUUCUCCUACGCCGAUGCCGACUCUACCGAGCUGGCUGGUACUAUUCCCUUCUCCAGCAACAGCGUCCACACCGCCGUCAACGGCGAGGAGGCUGCCGCCGUCCGUGCCCGCUUUUUGGCCAAGCGCACGGUCGUCCAGGCCGACUGCACCGGCACCCGCCGCACCGCUACUGUCAACGCCAUUAGCCGUUGCCGCUCUCUCGCUGUCGCGGCCUCUUCCGCUGCCGCCUCCGGCCCUGCUGCUCGCAUGACCGAGUACUUCAAGUCUUCCACGACCGCCACCCGCAACACCGUUGCCACCGUCUUCUCCAGAAUCGCCAGCGAGUGCGGCAGCACCACCUCUGGUGUUUCCCGCCAGUACUGCACUGAUGUCUACCCUGCUUGCAGCUCGGGCGUCAUCGCCUACACUCUCCCUUCUCAGAGCUACAUGGUCAACUGCCCUCUCUUCUUCACGAUGACUGCGGCUUCUGGCACUUGCCAUGCUCAGGACCAACAGACUACCCUCCACGAGAUGACCCACCUGACCCAAAUCAGGGGCACUUCUGACUACGGUGGUUACGGAUACAACUUCGUUCGCUCCCUCACCGCCGCACAGAACUUGAACCAUGCAGACACCUACACUCUGUUCGCUCAAUGUAAGCUUCUUUCCUUGAUUCACGCGGUGUAG